ACGCAAGAAAAGGGAAAGACUUCGCCCGCGCCUCGCAGCUCCGCAUCUCUCCAGGCGGAGCGCAGUGGAUACAGCCCGCUAUCUCUAACACAAAUAUGUAAGAGAAGAAGCGUGGUGGGGGUCUUUUUUUCCGUUGGUUGGUAGUAGCGCGCACGGCACUGCGCGCAAUCCCUGCGUGGCUCUCUCCCUCCCUCCUCCUCCUCCCCGCUCUUUGCGCUCUUCCGCUGGGCAGCGGGAUGCAGGAUACGCAGCAUCACCGGCAUCGUUCAAAUAAGCCCAACUACACUCAGACCUCCCGGUCCGGCGGCCUGUCGCCUCUUUUAAGGCAAUGUAAGAGGUGAAGACUAGACGGGAAACAGCAAAACUCCCCUCCGGUGUGACGAGGGCUGAUUUUUUUUUCUUCCGGAGGGGGAUAAAAGUGCGGUCAGAUUUGGAAUGUGGAUGUUUUUGUGUGUGUUUUUAUUCUUUUAUGCAUCGCGAUGCCUGCGAUGAUUUGGUCAUCUGAAGAUCACAUUGAACUGGACUGCUGCUGCUGAUGUUAUCGGCAAUGCGCUUCAUCUGCCCGUAUAUCUGCCCGAUGUCUCGGUGUGUGGAGGGAGGCAAGGAACAACAUCCACACAACUAUCCGGGGGGGGCACUGAGUUAAAUAGCGAUAACGCUUUUUCUUGCAAAGCCACGUUAUUUAAAUUUUUUUUUUUUUUGCUGGCAGCGACCACUCAAAAGAAUUUGUUUUCCCGCACCAGACAAGCUUAAGCAGUGUGUGUCCGUAGCUGUGCAGCGUUCGGAGCCCCAAACUGUGUGUGUGUGUGUGUGUGUAAACACAUUAGUCGGAGAGUCUGGUACAUGCACCGUAUGUGUACAUGAGACGAGGAGAAGCUAAGUGGCUACCACAACCACCCGGAUCAGACAGCCUCCUGUGCUGUAAGAUGGAUUAAAGGCCCACACCUCAGGAGAUCAAAGGUGGCUGUGACAGGGGCACCCCCGGGGCAGGACCCAUGAGGAGUCAUAGAAGAUGCUCACAGCCCGGGCGCUUCUGCUCUUCUUAGCCAUGUGGGUGAGAAGCACCUGUGGUGGCCCGCUCUCCUUCAGAAUAGCUGCCAUCCUUGAUGACCCUAUGGAGUGCAGCAGAGGCGAGCGUUUGGCCAUAACGCUGGCCAAAAACAACAUCAACAGGAGCACCAACCGUUCCACCACGGGCAAGCUGGAGGUGGACAUCUUUGAAUUGCUAAAAGACAGUGAAUAUGAGAUGGUAGAAACAAUGUGCCAGAUCAUGUUGAAAGGCGUCGUGGCGGUCCUCGGCCCCUCUGCCAGUCCGGCUUCCAACUCCAUCAUCAGCGAUAUUUGUGGAGAGAAGGAGGUGCCCUACGUGAAGGUGGCUCCAGAGGACAUUCUGAAGGUUCAGUUCCCCCGGUUCACCACGCUGGACCUGAGGCCAACCAACACCGACAUCAGCCUGGCUGUGGCCGGCCUUUUGACCUUCUUUAACGGCACCACAGCCUGUCUCAUCUGUGCACAGGCUGACUGCUUGCUGAACCUGGAGCAGCUGCUUAGCCAGUUCCUCAUCUCCAAGGAGACUUUGUCGGUGCACAUGCUUGACGACUGCAACGACCCCACCCCGCUUCUGAAAGAGAUUCGAGAUGACAAGACCGCCACUAUCAUAGUCGAUGCCAACGCCACCAUGUCACAUAUCAUUUUGGAACGGGCAUCAGAACUGGGGAUGCUGUCAGUCUACUACACUUACAUCUUCACCUCUCUGGAAUUCUCUUUACUCCGACUGGACGACGUGGUGGACCACCGAGUCAACAUAGUCGGUUUUUCAGUCUUCAACAAGACUCAUCCCUUCUUCCAGGAUUUUACGUUAAGCCUUAACCGCUCCUGGCAAGAGAACUGUGACCAUGCGCCCUUUGCUGGCACCCCACUCUCCUCGGCUCUGCUCUUUGAUGCGGUAUACGCGGUGGUGGCGGCGGUCCAGGAGUUGAACCGUAGCCAGAAUGUCGGCGCCACUCAGCUCUCCUGCAAGUCAUCCAAGAUCUGGGAGCACGGCACCAGCCUCAUGAAUUACCUGAGGAUGGUAGAAUUGGAAGGUCUAACGGGCCACAUUGAAUUCAACAGCAGAGGUCAGCGAUCAAACUAUGAGCUGAGGAUCAUGCAGAACAGUCGGGACGGACUCAGGCAGAUUGGCCUGUGGCACUCUGAAGAUGGACUGUCCAUGGAGAGAAAACUUCCAUCAAUCAAUGUGACGGACACCCUCUUCAACACCACUCUAGCCAUCACAACAAUACUAGAGAAUCCGUAUGUGAUGCUGCGUCCGAACCACCAAGAGCUGGAGGGCAAUGACCGAUACGAAGGCUUCUGUGUGGACCUGUUAAAGGAGCUGGCAGAUACUCUGAAGUUCAAGUAUCGCAUACGGCUGGUGGGGGACGGACAAUAUGGGGUCGCCGGAGCCAACGGAACGUGGACCGGCAUGGUUGGAGAGCUCAUAUCAAGGAAAGCGGACCUGGCAGUCGCAGGUCUCACCAUCACAGCGGAGCGUGAAAAGGUCAUUGACUUCUCCAAGCCCUUCAUGACCCUCGGCAUCAGCAUCAUGUACCGCGUCCACCUGGGCCGGAGGCCAGGCUACUUCUCCUUCCUGGAUCCCUUCUCCCCCGGCGUCUGGCUCUUCAUGCUUUUGGCCUAUUUGGCUGUCAGCUGUGUCCUCUUUCUGGUGGCCAGAUUGACGCCUUACGAGUGGUACAACCCCCACCCGUGUCUCAAAGGUCGCUGUAACCUGCUGAUAAACCAGUACUCGCUUGGCAACAGUUUCUGGUUCCCCGUUGGAGGCUUCAUGCAGCAAGGAUCCACCAUCGCUCCGAGAGCUCUGUCAACACGUUGUGUCAGCGGAGUGUGGUGGGCGUUCACAUUAAUCAUCAUCUCAUCCUACACUGCCAACCUGGCUGCCUUCCUAACGGUCCAGAGGAUGGAGGUGCCGAUAGAGUCCGUGGACGACCUGGCAGAUCAGACAGCGAUCGAGUACGGCACCAUGCACGGAGGAUCCACAAUGACCUUCUUUCAGAACUCUCGCUACCAGACUUACCAGCGUAUGUGGAACUUCAUGCACUCAAAACAGCCCAGUGUGUUUGUUAAGAGCACGGAGGAGGGCAUCGCCCGUGUCCUCAACUCCAACUAUGCUUACUUGCUAGAGAGCACCAUGAACGAGUACUACCGCCAGAGGAACUGCAACCUGACUCAGAUUGGAGGGCUGCUGGACACUAAGGGCUAUGGCAUCGGCAUGCCGCUCGGGUCAGUGUACCGUGAUGAGUUCGACCUGGCCAUCCUGAAAAUGCAGGAAGACAAUCGUUUGGAGAUCCUCAAGAGGAAGUGGUGGGAUGGUGGCAAGUGUCCAAAGGAAGAGGACCACCGCGCCAAAGGCCUGGGCAUGGAGAACAUCGGUGGUAUCUUCGUGGUGCUGGUGUGUGGCCUGCUGGUGGCUAUCUUCAUGGCAGUACUGGAGUUUGUGUGGAUGUUAAGACAGACACCCGGAAAUGAGCAGUCAGUGUGUGAGGAGAUGCUGCGGGAGCUCCAUGGGAUCGUCCUGUGUCGAGACAGCCUGCAGGUGAGGCGCAGGCGGGGGGCUUCGGGGCAUCGGCCGCGGCCCUUAUUGCCCCUGGAGGAGCGUCGCGCUCGAGCUGCCGCCGUCAGCCUCAGCAACGGCAAGCUGUGUGCGGGCACCGGACUGCCCGAACCCCUCUCCCACAGACUGGCGCAGGAGGCGGCCCUGGUCGCGAGGGGCUGCAGCCACAUCCGCAUUUGCCCCGAGUGCCGGCGCUUCCAGGGACUGAGGCUGCGUCCUUCGGGGGCCCUCCCUUCUCCCACACACAGCGAGGAGAGCAUAGAGUGGGACAAGACCACAAAUAGCAGUGAACCCGAGUAACGCGCCACGAUCGCAGAAGGACGGACUUUCCCAACAGCCACCUAUCUACUUCACAGGGAUCCGAGUACUUUGAUUCAGCCAUCUGGAGCCUGGUCUCACUGGGCAGGACGGUGCUGUGGACUUUGUUUUGCCCUCGGAGGCAAAUGCCUCUAGUCCGUUUCGUAGUCUCCUUGGGUGAUUCUUUUUUCCUUGGUCGUGGGGGAAACUGAUGAGUCUCGUUUUGGUCUGUCCCUUUUCGCCCUCUGUACUAAGUCAGACAGGGCAGAUAAAAACAGCUAUGGGGGAUUUGUACUAUGCAGUAUUUUCAGUCAUUUAUCAUGUGCUGUUAUCUUUUUUUUCCAGUUUUUAAAUUAUUUUCGCUCUCUGUUGGAAUAUCAUUAUUAAAUAUUGUUAUUCUGUUGUUCUUAGUAAAAAACUUUAAAUGAGUUCCUUUUUUUUAAUCUUACAAUUUGCUGUAGGAUCGUAUAUUGCCUCUGAAGAGCUGCGAAGAUGAAAAGACCGAUGAGAGGUCAUCUCCAAAUCCUUUUAUUUUGAAAGUGCCAAAAACCACAAGUACCAUCUUGCGGCUAAAGAAAGCACCACGGCCUUGAGAAGACAACAAACUGAACUGAACCCAGGAAACAAACAAAGCGAGACAUACAAACACACAGACUUCUUUUAUAGUGAUAUUCCCUUAAAACAUGUUUUAACUGUUGGUUCCCUGAAGGACAGCGAUGCACCUCCAGAAGUGUUCAGAGGUGCUCAUCUGUGAUUAAUAGAUGUGGUUGCUGAGUCGCUGCAACAACGAUUUCCUGUUUUGAAUCCCUGCUUAAAAACAUGAUGGCUACACGCACACACACACACACACACACACACACACACACACACACACACACACACACACAAGGACAUAUAUUACUUCCCUGCUUCCUUUCUCCUACAUCUGUCUUAACAUUUUUGUCACCAUGACACAUUUAUUAUCAUUAAACUGUAUUUUUUAUGGUCUCCUGUGCAGUCUGUAGAGAUUAGAGGUAUAUUCUAGAACAAUCCAUGUUUCAGAAGGACACUAUGUGGCACUAGCUCAUGUAAAGACCAACGAAACACGUGCAGACGCCUUUAAUAUCCACAGUUGAUUUGAAUUCUUUUAAAAUGUUACGGCAGUUGAGCUUUUACUGACUGUGAUGUUUAACACACUGCUUAUUUCCUUUCAGAUCUGCAGAGAAGCUGUCUGACAUUGUCACACUUACCACCAAUUUGCCACUUUAAAUACUUUAAGAGGUUUUUAAUGUAUACUAACAAAGGACAUAACCGAAAUAUUUGAUGUAUAAAUUCAAUUGGGUUGUAUUGAUGGAAAGAGUAGUUGUCUUUAUUUGCCGUAUAACAACCAUUCCUCCAGAAGUGAAACAACAUGAACAAACCACCAGCAAGAAUUAUUAGGUUACUUCCUGCAUAGACUCCACUGGUAUUUAUCCAAGGUGAUAUUGUGUGAUUGUCGGACUGUUGCAUUGUGGGAAUCCGUCAUCCAACUGUCUGUCCUGCAUUUUUCUCAUGUCUGAUUUUUUUUUUUUUUCCAGUGACAGUGCUUUAGAAUUAAGCCUACAGCUUAUUAGUGAAUGUUGAAUUCAGGUGUCCGACCUAUUGCACAUUCCACGUUUAUUUUUAAUAUUUUUUUUGCAUUGGUUGAACAGUUGUGAGAUGUCAAAUCAAAAUAGAUCACAGUACCUACACACAAACUAACACACCAAAAUCUGCCUGACAAAAUAGCAGUCCUCAACCUAUGAAGGAACCAGGGAUACGUCUUGCCUCACUAUGGUUACCAUUUCUCUAAUGGUAGAUAAUGUGAUGAUGAAUGAAGAAAUGACUUGGAUACUUUGGCAGAACUUCCUUCCUCAGAUACAUUAAAAUACAUUUCUUUGCAACGUAAUCAUAAUUCAUGGAAUACAUUUGAUGUUUUUAGUGUGUUUAUGAUAAUCUGGACACAUGAUAAUCAUGGCUCUCAUGCACGUAUGUGACUGAUCACCCCUUGCUGUUGAAUCAGUCAUGUGUUUUUACCAUUUUAGAUGCACACAGAUAUGAGGAGUUCACCCAAACUUCUUAAACAAGGUUUUUCAGGCACCAGCUGCAGUGAUGCAGCUCUUUCGGGACUCUUUCAGAAGCUGCUGAACGUGUCUCGCCGUGUUGAACCAAUCGCUGACAGACUCGACAGGGAACUGCAUCUCAAUUGUAUCAACCAUCAAUUUGCUCAAAAGAGAUGUUUCAGUUAAUUGAUGGUUCUGAGCAACUGGGCAACCAGUCUGACAAAUGAGUGGAAUUGCAAAUUGUGUUUUUCCCCACUUUUUCAAUGUCCGUUUAAUUAACUCCUGGAGAGUGUGUCGCUACUUCAGGUGGCGUUUUGUUUUUCGGUUCUUCAGUUUGUCUCCCACAAGAAUACAUCGGCGUUUGUAACAGCCUUGAAUUUGAGUGAUUUGGCAGAGGAACAAAAUGAGUCACAGUGGCUUUAUGUCAUCGUCUGCUUAAGCACCAAUAGUGCCAAUCCACCCAGUCCUCAAGUAAUGAACCAUUGAUGUCCCACGGAUGGUGUGUAAAUACAGUAUGAUUAAGUUCCAAAGUAAUAGUCCGAAGUGUUGUUUUGUUAAUUGCAGGGUAACAAGUUUAUUGUUUUAAUAGAACAGACCUAACGUGUAUUAUGUUUGUAUGGACAAUUAUGACAUUCAGACACGUAUACAUGUCACAGAUUGUGAGUAAAAAAAGAUCAAAAAUAUCUUCACCUAUAGGCAGUGGUAACUUUCUAUGUUAAAGGCAAAUGGCCCGCCAAAUAGCGAGGACAAAAAAUACCCACAUUUCAUUACAAGUUUUGUAAAAGGUUUCUAUCAAUUUGAAAUUCAUGAGAGUAAGAAGGCUCCCGCUGCAACCGAUGCUAACUUCUUAAACACUGAAAACAUUUACAGCGGCGCCAAAUCAAGCGUGGUUGGAAUGAGAUUGCCAAUUACCUUGAAGGCAAUGAGUCCAGUAAGAGUAAGAAUUAAAACAAAUCCCACUGAAACAGGCAGUGACCUUUGCUGGGAGACCACUAAGAGAGAUGGCUGCUAUAUUUUAUAUACUUUAUUUUCUUAUGUUGACAUUUUUAUCCCAUUAUAAUUAUAAAUACAUAAAAACAACCUCUAUCCUUUGG